CUUCUGUCUCGACUCUGUGAAUUUAGCACAUCGCUAGCUGUCAACCCAUGUUCAACAAGACAAAUUUUAUCAGCUGUUCGUGUGGCCGGUCUCAGAAGAUCCCUCAGGUGAAGGUCCAGGGUCAGUGUCACUAUCAGGAUGGUGUCAUACAAACGUCUGAACCCUGAAGAUGUGCAGUUCACAAGUGCGGUGUUGUCAGAAGAGCCUGCUCCUGUCCUUAAAGAGGUGGUGGUGACAGAAGAAUGUGAGCGUCCCUUGCUCCCAUGGAGACCGUCAUGCUCUGUCACUAAAAGUCUGCUGGUGCUGGGCUUCCUGCUGUUGCUGCUCUGUGUGGGCUGGCUCCUGGCAACGUUAAUCUGGCUGCAUGGACCUUCCAGUCAAAACCCACAUAAGUCCCCAUUACCUGUUCCACCACAAACAUCAGACUCUCAAGAAGGACAAACGGGGGCAAACCAGACUGCAGCUGUUCCAAACCUUGAGACUUGCAGUUUAAUCCCUGAGGCCUGGAGGUUUGACUGCUAUCCUGAAAGAGGGACAGUUGUGACCAAAGCGAUGUGUGAGGCAAGGAGCUGCUGCUUUAUUCCCACCUCUGCAUCUUCCUCCACAUCUUCCCAGCCUCGAACAGGGAGGGAUGGUGUUCCAUGGUGUUUCUACCCUCAAGAGUUCCCAACCUACUCGCUUGUGUCAAUAAAUGACACAGCCCUGGGACAGAAAGGCAAGCUCGAGAAACAGGUCAGGACCUACUACCCUAGGGACAUCCUAACCCUCGAGCUGGAGCUAUGGUAUGAGACAGAGAAGCGGCUACGUGUUCGGAUUACAGACCCUUCUGAUUCACGGUUUGAAGUGCCGAUUACUGUCCCAAAUGUCACCGAGAAGGCUGGAAAUCUAGCUUACACUGUAGAACUGUCCAAAGAGCCCUUUGGUCUCAUAGUGAAGAGGACCGCUACAGGAGCAGUACUUCUGAACACCACGGUGGCUCCCCUCUUCUAUGCAGACCAGUUCCUUCAGUUCUCUAGCUCCCUGCCCAGCCAGUUCAUCUAUGGCUUAGGGGAGCACCGCUCCUCCUUCCUGCAUGAUAUGCAAUGGAACACCCUCACUAUGUGGGCGAGAGAUGUGCCCCCAAUGGAACUGACUAACCUGUAUGGAGCGCAUCCCUUUUACCUUGCCAUGGAGAAAGGAGGGAAUUCACAUGGCUUCUUUUUAUUGAAUAGCAAUGCUAUGGAUGUGGCACUCCAGCCUGCACCAGCUCUCACCUGGCGGACCAUUGGUGGCAUCCUUGAUUUUUAUGUUUUCCUGGGUCCAGACCCUGGUUCUGUAAUUGCACAGUACCAAGAAGUUAUAGGCUAUCCAGCUAUGCCUAUUUACUGGGCUCUAGGUUACCAUCUCUGUCGCUGGGGUUACAAGACCAGCAAUGCCACCUGGGAUACGGUCAGAAACAUGAGAAAUUAUGGAAUACCACAGGAUGUCCAGUGGAAUGAUAUUGACUACAUGGAGCAUUUCCUUGACUUCACAUAUGACCCUGCAAGUUUCUCCACACUGCCUGACCUAGUCAAGGACCUACAUGCUCACAACCAGCGCUAUGUCAUGAUCCUUGACCCAGGUAUCAGUAGCACCCAGGGUGAGGGGUCGUAUUGGCCAUACGAUGAAGGAUUAAGGAGAGGGAUUUUUAUCAAUGACUCAAAUGGAAACACACUAAUUGGGAAGGUCUGGCCUGGGAUGACAGCUUAUCCUGAUUUUUCCAAUCAUUUCACCCAUGAAUGGUGGCAUGACAACAUCAAGAGGUUCCAUGAGAGGGUGCCAUUUGAUGGGUUAUGGAUUGAUAUGAACGAGCCAUCUAACUUUGUGGAUGGGUCGACCGUUGGCUGUCCGUUGAACAAUCUUGAAAAUCCCCCCUACAUGCCAGGAGUCCUUGGGGGAUUGCUAAGAGCCAAGACUGUGUGUGCGUCCGCUCAGCAGAAGAUUUCUUUGCACUAUAACCUGCACAGCCUCUACGGACUCAUGGAGGCUAAAGCCUCUUCAUGUGCUCUGAAGCGUAUUUUGGGAAAGAGACCAUUCGUGAUCUCUCGCUCCACUUUCCCCAGCCAGGGGAUGUACUCUGGUCACUGGCUAGGAGACAACAGGAGCCAGUGGAAAGACUUAUAUACUUCUAUAGCAGGUAUCUUGACAUUCAACCUUCUGGGCAUUCCGUUGGUGGGAGCCGACAUCUGUGGUUUCAGUGAGGAGCCAAAUGAGGAGUUGUGUGUUCGUUGGACACAGCUUGGAGCUUUCUAUCCCUUUACACGCAACCACAAUGCCAUAGACAUGCAGCCCCAAGAUCCAACUGCUUUCAGCCCCUUUGCACGUACAGCUAUGACGCAGGCUUUGCUGCUGCGUUAUUCUCUCUUCCCUAUCCUCUACACGCUGUUCCAUCAUGCACAUGAGCUGGGGCAUACUGUUGCACGACCUCUAAUGUUUGAAUUCCCCAAGGACACAAAAACAUAUGGGAUAGACAGACAGUUCCUGUGGGGGACAAGUUUGUUGGUGACACCAGUGUUGGAUCCUGGGGUAGAAUAUGUCGUUGGCUACUUCCCGGAGGGGCUGUGGUAUGACUACUACACGGGGGACGUUGUGCGCAGUCAGGGUGAGGAGAUACGUCUCAAUGCGCCUUUAGACAAGAUCAACCUGCACUUGCGAGAAGGCAGUGUCAUACCGACACAGACACCCAACCUUACCCUGUGGGUGAGCAGUGGUCAGCCUCUGCAUUUAAUCUCUGCCCUGUCUGAGGAUGGUUCUGCAAAGGGGGAUCUAUUCUGGGAUGAUGGAGAGAGCAUUGACACCUAUGAGACCAACCAGUACGCUUACAUCGUCUUCACUGUUGCUCAGAAUGUGAUGACUUCUCAAGUGCUCCAUAACCAUUUAGAGGCCACAUACAUCACAGUGGAGUCAGCUUCUUUCUAUGGUGUUAAGGAGGAGCCUAGCAAGGUGUUGAUAAACUCCAGUGAUGCUGCCUUCACCUACAGGGCCAAUCAGCAGAUGUUAACAGUAAAAGAUCUCGGUCUCAACCUCAGCCAGAACUUCACCAUCAGCUGGGUAUAACGUGUCAUGUUUUCAGCAACUGCCAUCUCCUUGUUUUGAAGUCACAACUGGAGAAAUAUGUCAUCUGAUAAGAAAGGAGUCGCUAACAACAAAUAUCCCUUUCACACGGAAUUAAAAUCCUGGGUUUUUACAGGGAUUGCCUUUGGUGUGAGGGUCUUGGAUAUGGCACAGCAGUCUUCUUAGGCAUUGGCAUGGUGUAUCUGACAAUGGCCGUGUUGGUUGCGUUCCGACAACAUCGUAAUUAAUUUUGCUCCAGGACCAUCAUUGCAACUGACCAAUCACAUUGCUGUGUUGUUGUACCGUUGUGAAACUGGGAAAAAGGCUGUUGUGGGAUUAGGUUGUGAGUUAGCGUGGGUUAGCUAUCGGUUAGGUUAAAGUUAGCUAUCGGUUAAGGUUAGGGUAAGGUAACUGUUAGGUUGAGGUUAUGCUAGGUUAGCUUUGAUAUUUUUCCAGUAUUUUUCCCCAUGUCGCAAAGGCAUAACAUCACAAAAAUGUGAUUGGUCUGUUGCAAUGAUGGUCCUGGAGCAACAUUAACCAUGAUGUCAUGGGAACAACACCGUGAUAUCAGAUUGGGCGCAUUGGCAUAUCAUUUCCCUAGAAUCGUGUGGAUCUGAAAGAAUCCUGCAGAAUUCCAUCAUUCACAUGUUCAGUGUGUUGUGUUUUAAACAUUGGGUUAAACACAGCUAGUGAAAAUGAAUAUUCGCUUUGCAUUCUAGCAGCCAAAUAUUCAUGCUUAUUUCGCCUCACUGUUGCUGUGGUGUGGAGCUUGUGUGAUAACAACUGCAAAAAGAAACUGCGUGUUUUGCAUUACUGGUAUUGUAUGAACAUUUGCAACACAUAAGGUUAAUAAAAUCCACCUGCCAUUUUUUCAAGCUCAAUAUAAACAAUGAGGUGACAAUACAAAGGUGAUCAUAGAUUAAGAUCGGGUCUAAUGUAACUAAAAUGUAGGGAUUCACUGUGUGUGUGUGAGGAGGGUUUCUAGGAAUGAGCUAGAAUCAACUUGACUGUGGGAACUGCAGUCUUAUAAUCAAUGUUUGGAUCUGAAAACUAGGAAGAUACCAGGAUUUUGGUGUGAAAGAGGCUAAAGAUAAGUUAUACGGAGGAGGUGAAGACUUGUGAGUCUAUAAAUCCAAAAUUGCGCUCCACUGCUCCUUGUCUGCAAACUGCCUUGAAGGUCUGAAGGACUUUUCAUAUAAAUAUCUCUGAAUUGUCACUACUACUACUACUAAUACUACUUUUGGCUGCUCCCGUUAGGGAGCUUCCAUUACGGGGCGCCACAGCGGAUCUCUGAAUUGUCCCAAUUUUUACAUUUAAAAAAAGACAAUUUGUAAUUUUCUUUCCUUUUUAAAAUCGCAAUCUGCACUUUUUUCUUCUCGUCAUGAGAAAGAUUAUGCGAAAUCAAUUGAAAGGAGGCUCCACCUUCUCUGCCACAAAACUAAAACUGCAAGACUCCUUGCAUUUAGUUUAUCAGGAUGGGUAUUGGCUGGGUGAUAGCCAUAGCGAAUAGUUAUGGAUUAUUUUAUUUUAUCUUAUUUUGUUGAAAAUUUUCCCCCUUUUUCUCGCCAACUGUACCUGGCCAAUCACCAUGCACUCCGAGCCGUCCUGGUCGCUGCUCCACCCCCUCUGCUGAUCCGGGGAGGGCUGCAGACUACCACAUGCCUCCUCUGAUACGUGGAGUUGCCAGCCGCUCCUUUCUGCACCUGUGAAUAUUGUAAUAUUGUGCAGUAGGUGCAUGCGCCUUUACAAAUGGUCAAAAUCUCUGUCUCCACUGUUCUCAGAUUGGUCCCAGAAAAUGUUCUGAUCGUUUUCUAUGUUGUAAGCAUGUUGUUAAUGCUAACUAUCAUAGCUUUUCUAUGCCCGAGGGUAGCUUUCACUGCAAAGCUUUCAUAGAACAACUAAAAUUGUCUUGAACCAUUUUACUGUGAAUUUCCUCAGAAUGGCACUCUGACAACAGGGUCCUUUCUAUACCAAAUGGUAUGAAUCAUAGUUUUUUUCCCCAGAACACCAGUGUUGAAAACUUGCUUAACAACACAAUUGGCAGUUAACCCAAAGUGUAGGAAUUUGCUCAAGAACUCUAGUACGCAUGUCGUCUGAGUCACUUUCCACAAAACCAAACGAAGAUUCCCGAAAAGUGGCCGAUGUAGACAAUGUGGAAACACAGGAGGUUGAAUCAGUUCACCGGGAUACAACGUUUAUUGAGAGAAACAUUUCAUCACGCAUCUAAGUAGAUGUUUCUCUCUGAAGUGACCUCUGAAACAUUUCUCUCUGCAAUGUUUCUCUCUGAAGAGGUCCCUUAGAUGAGCAAUGAAAUGUUUCUCUCUCAAUAAACAUUGUGUCCAGAUGAACUGAUUCAAUGUUCUGUGAUUUCCUUACUUGGAUUAUUGAGCAUGCAUAAAGACAAUGUUGAAACACUCGAGGAAUGUUUUUAAAGACGAUUUCAUAUUCUUUUUGUUUAAAUGUAAAGUAUUUGAUCAUGUUCAACUUCUUAAGUGCUGUGCUCUGAUGAACUGAGUAUCAUUUAAUAAAUGAUUUUGACUUCA